ACAACUAAAGUAACUUGGAGUAUGUUAUCUCUCAUGAUAACGUACUCCCAAGUUACUUUAGUUGUGGCUUUGGCUUUUGAUGAAUUUGUCAAGUAUUUGAGUUAGAAGACAGCAGCCUUUGUGUUUAAAAGAUUCCAUAAACUAAUCAUAGUUUUUAAGUAUGUCUUACAAACUUCUUGGUUGCAUCUUGCGUAUCUAUUACUCAACUCUUGAGUCUUGAUGAGUACCACUGCUAGUUUGAAUGAUGAAUCUUGGGCAUUGUUUCAUGUACUCAAUUUGUCUGGUAAGUUCUGUGUGAUUGGCAGUUUAUCGUUUCCUUUUUUUGUAAUGUCCUGCAUGGAUUUUGAAUUUGAUAUAAACACUUUACAGUUCAAUUCUCAAGAACUGUUGACAGCUGCUAUUUGCUCACUUUUCCUCUUCUACGAUGUUGAAUACAAAGGGUUAUGGUAAUUUUUGUUAGUGUUCACUGGAGAUUGCCUAUCUCUUUCCCCCUUGAUAUUGUUCUCCAUGUUCUCAAUCUCUAUCUGCUCACAUCUUUUAUAUAGCUGCUGACAAGAUAUAUUACAUGUUGGUUCAAUCUCUUAGUAAUGUUGUUUAUUGUGCAAUGUUUGCAAGAAGUUUCGAGCCUACCUUUUUCUUUUUUAAAGUGGGAAACUCGCAACCACUAUACUGGCACGGGGUAAACCUACUCUUUUGUAAUAGCUCACUACCUGUAUUGGGUAAACUCCACUUUUGUGUAAUAGCUCACUACUGGACCGGAUUAAUUGUAAUAGUCUGAAAACUUGUUUCGAGCCUUGUACAUUAAGCACAAGCCUGUAAUCAUUGUUCUUGUAUAGAAAUUCCGCAUUGUUUUUGCUCUGCAUUGCAGACCUACCUGAAACAUUUAUGUUGUCUCGUUUUUGUCAUUUUUUUAUGGGAGUUAAUUUGGUCGAUAUAUGUAUAAACCAAUGAACUGUUUUCCUAGGAUUCCCAGCUGAUAAAAUCUAUAUAUGAGAAUCAUCCUCGUAUUCUUCUUCAAAACAAUGAAACAUAUAGCUGUAAAGGGAUGCUCCAAAGCUUAUAAACAACUGUUAUGUAUUUGAAGAAGCAUUAAGAGUGUCAAAUUAAUAUGUGGAAAUUCUUGAAAUUGUUUCUUCUUCUUCUUCUUUUUCUUCUUGUUCUGCAAAAAUGCUGCAUGGCUGAAAAUGACAGAGAUGCAGUUUUGGGUCUCAAGGAACCCAUUGUUUCCGGCAAGAAUCUUUCUGGGAAACUCCAAAUCAUCAAAAGACUGGAGAUUUUCUCACAUGUAGCAAAUGACACAACCUCCGGCCAGCCAAAAGACGGUGGCGAUAACCCUGAAAAGCCGGCUAAGAUGACUCUUCCUCUCCUGAUUAUAGCCACGGUUAUCGUCCUUGUUGUUCUCCUGUUUCUUUCCAUCUAUUACUACAAGAAAACCAGGAAUCUGGAAGCAGACUUGAUGAUGAUAAAGAAGAAGCAGCAGCAGAAGAAGAAGAACAACAACAACAAUUUCACCCAAAACAGCAAUCUUAACCAUAGCCAAAACGGGGUGGAUCAAAGCGGGGAGAGGAAGAUUGCAGUGAGAGAACCCAUCAUCAGCACCACUGAAACAACAAUGUCUACAGAAUCAACUGAGAGAUCCAACGGAGGAGAAGCUGCAGCUGCAGGAGAGAGAGGAAAGCUGACAUUUUUGGACUCUGAUUUGAGGAUAGAGCUUGAUGAUCUGCUUAAAGCCUCGGCUGAAGGUCUGGGAAAAGGGAACUUUGGGAAUUGCUACAAAGCCAUGCUAGAAGAAGGGCCGACUGUUGUGGUCAAACGGCUGAGGGAUUUGAGAGCUCUGAGCAGAGAGGAGUUUGUGGCGCAUGUUAAGUCCAUUGCCCAGAACAAGCACCCUAACUUGUUGCCUCUUCUUGGCUAUUACUAUGCCAAAGAUGAGAAGCUCUUGCUCUACAAAUUUGCUCCAAAUGGUAACUUGUACACCCGUAUUCAUAGAGCAAGAGGGACGAGAGAACGCAAUCCAUUUCGAUGGAAUGCAAGAUUGUCGGUUGCACGUGCGGUGGCACGAGCAGUGGAGUAUCUGCACCUCCAUUCCACUCCACUAACCGUCGGCGGCGGCGGCAUUCCUCCGCACGGAAACCUUAAAUCAACCAACGUUCUCUUGGACGAGAGCGACAUCGUGCUUUUAACCGAUUACGGCCUAGCUUCUCUCAUCGCCCCGCCGAUCACGGCUCAGCGUAUGGUUUCAUACCGGUCCCCGGAGUUCCAGACCUACAAAAAAGUGUGUGCGAAGUCGGACGUGUGGAGCUAUGGGUGCUUGCUUCUCGAGCUAUUGACGGGGAAAGUUUCGUCGCAAUCGGCGCCGGCGGGAGUCAACGGCGCUGACCUCUGCAGCUGGGUUCACCGCGCCGUGAGGGAGGAGUGGACGGCGGAGAUCUUCGACGCGGAAAUCGCGGUGCAGAGGAGCGCGAGCGAGGGAAUGCUGAGGCUGCUCCAAAUAGCCAUCAAAUGCUGCGAUAAGUCGCCAGAAAAGCGACCAGAGAUGAGUGAUGUGGUGCGGGAAGUUGAGAUGAUUAGGGUUAGUGAGACAGAAGAUGAGGAGGAUCUAUCACUGACUGAUAAUUCUCAAACUCCAUCACGAUAAGUACGAGGCCUUGAUUUAUACUGAUUAAUUAUGAUAGAAGAAGAAUCCAUAAGUUAACAUUAAUCACGAUGAUUAGCUAGCUAAUUUAUGGAUUCUUCUUUUAUCAUCAUUAAUCAUCAUUAUUAAUGUUACGUUGUUAUUGGUUUAAUUUUCUCAUAAUCCGCAUGUAUGCAUGCAUGAGACAUAUAUUCCUAUAUAUUGUUAAGUAAGUUUCAUGUUGUUUAAUUUUCAAUAACAAAUUCAAGGUUGCAUUUUUCUUUGAUC